CAUAAGGUGAGAUUCACGGUGUUAGAAAUGACGUGUAAUGUGUUAAAAAAAUAAAUUCAGUGGAAGUACUUUAAAUUGUGCUUUUGUCGGUACAUUUUUGUUAUUUAUUAUUACUCCGCAUGGUGAAUCAAACUUCACGAUGUAACUUGCUGUUGAAAUAAGGUGUCCUUGGAACAGAAAUUAAUCUAUUUCGAGAAAAAAACAUUAAUUUCUAAACGUGCACUUCCGGCUGUAUUGAAAUUGUGCCUCGCAUGCGAAACACCAUUGAACUGAGGAUUUUGAGAUAAGAUUUUCUUGUGAUAGCCUACACAGAUGACCUCAAGUGUAUCGUCCUUUUCCUAGCUGUUCUUAAGGAUUCAAGUCUUCUCAUUCAUUUCAAAUUUAAAAAGUUUUGAAAAUAGGUUGUAUUUAUACAUUCAUACUUGAAAAAAUGGAUGUGGAAUCAAGUUUUGCUACCUCAGACACUCCAGUGCAAACUAAUGGAAUUGGUAAACACUCCAAGAGUCGAAAGAGGACUCGCGCUGAAGCCUCACUAGGAAACUAUAGAGCAAGUUGCUCUUCAGUAGAACCAAAGUUUAUUCAUCCUAAUAGGCCAAGUGCAGCGGCGCUGUAUCGGCCUGCUCCUUACAGUGAUGAACCAGAAGCAAUUGAAGAAAGGGCUAGAUGUGAUUAUUCUAUCAAAAUUACCAAAGAAAUGGCAGAAAGUGGAAAUGCUCCUAGACCUGUACGAGUUUAUGCUGAUGGAAUUUAUGAUCUGUUUCAUCAAGGGCAUGCAAGACAACUCAUGCAAGCGAAGAAUGCUUUUCCUCUUGUUUAUCUCAUUGUAGGAGUUAAUAGUGAUUAUUUGACUCAUCAGAAUAAAGGAAAGACUGUCAUGACAGAUGAUGAGCGCUAUGAAGGGGUGCGUCAUUGUCGUUAUGUGGACGAAGUUGUGAGAGAUGCUCCAUGGAUACUAGAUGAUGACUUUUUAGAAGCAAAUAAAAUAGAUUAUGUGGCCCAUGAUGAUCUACCUUAUGCGAUGGGAGCAUCAUCAGAUGAUGUUUAUAAAGAUAUCAAAGCUAAAGGAAUGUUUGUAGCUACAGAGAGGACAGAAGGUGUAUCUACUUCAGAUCUCGUUGCAAGAAUAGUGAAAGAUUAUGACAUGUACGUGAGACGUAACUUAGAUAGAGGUUACAGUGCUAAAGAGAUGAACGUUUCCUUUUUAAACGAAAAGAAAUUUCUACUACAAAACAAGAUGGAUAAAAUUAAAGGAAAAUUGGAAGGAAAAAGGCAUGAGAUUAUUCACAAGUGGGAAGAAAAAUCCAGAGAAUUCAUAAACAAUUUCUUAGAUUUAUUUGGAAAAGAUGGCAGAAUAAAUACAUUUUGGAAAGAAAGCAAAGGCAGGCUGAGACAAGCACUUUCUCCGGCAAGCACACCUCCAGGAAGCCCAGUUCGCAGGAGAGCUCGCUCUGCAUCACCCCCUGCAAAAUCUCGACGGAUGGAGACCAUGUCCAAUCGUGGAACGUCUUCAGAGGAGUCUUCGGAUGAUGAAUUUGAUUGGCUGAGGGGAAAGCAUCAAUAGUUGACUGAAUAUUGCUUUUUGUGCUAAUAUUUUGCCCAUUUUGUGUUCAUAAUGGUUGUUUCCUUUCCUUGUUAUAGUUUCAUUUUUUGGUUUUACCUGUUCAGAUACAUGGCUCCCACAGUCCCUAAAAAGUAUUUGGAUUUUACCUUAAUUUAAAAUAGUACUUAAAGACUUUGCCUUCAUCAAGAUACAAGGAACACUCAACACUUCAUUUUAGUUGGAGCUUGAAAUAACUGACAGCAAUUGAUUAAGAAAUAUUCACUCAGUUGUGACUAUUUCUUAAUCCAUUGAAAUAUUACCUUUUUUUUUUUUUUUUUUUUUUUUUUUGGCCCCAAUUCAUAUUUGAAAAUUUUUAACCAUUCAUUCUGAAAAGAAGUGGGAAAAAGUGUAUUUUGAUGGGAAACUCUUGCAUCUCUUUUUGUGUUGUCUAUUCUGAGUACUUGAACUUAAAAGAAGAAACAACAAAAUAAUUAAUUUGGUCAUUGGAAAUUGUUUUGGAUAAAGCGUGGGAACCAUGUAUAUUUGUGAGGCUACAAUUACCAGUCUUGGUAUGUUAAAACAUCGAAUAAUUCUGUUUACUUUAACAUGGUAUAUUAGGGUGGCUACAAGUAAUUAGUUGAAUGAAACAUAUAGUUAGUUUAAAACUAUUGAAAUUUAAUCCAUUGUUUAUAUAAACAGACAAGAACUGCUAUUCUAUUUGUUGAAGGCUUUUACUUUUUUUUAUUAAUAGUGAUAAUUUGUGCAACAUCUGUCAUUUAUACAUGGAUCGCACAAUUCCAUUUAGCACUUAGAAGUAAUCAUUAAAAUUUAUUGAAAAAAAGAUCUGUAGUAUAUGAAUUUCAUUAAUAAUAACAUUUAAAUUUUAUCAUUCUUUUUGAAAUCUUCAAAAUGAAUUUUAAACCAAAAUAUUUAAUCUUCCAUUGUUUUUCCUAAGAAACUUUGUACUAAAAAUUCUGUAGACACCCUAUGUACAAAUUCCUCUGUAUAUAGUGAAUUGUUGUAAAUAUUUAUAACAAAGUAUUUUGGAGAAAAGUUUUAUGUGGUUUGGAAUUGAAAAAUUUGGCUUGCAUUAUUAAACUGUCUGAAAAGCAACCAUUUUGAUAAAUGGAUGUUCAAUUUUUUUCUAUUAAUCUUUUCAUGGCUGCAGGCACUUAAACUCCAAAGUGCUGUUAGCAUAUAUUUCUACUAAAAUAUAAAUGUUAAUACAAAUUGUUGCUAUAUAGUAUUGUAAAACAAAAUCCUAUGUUAAUAUAGCUAUUGUACCAAGGAGGGGAUCUUUCAAUGUGCUAUGUUUACAAUUAACAUGCUAGUAAAAAGGGAAUACUUCAUAUUGCAUCAGUUUUACUAGUGAUGUAAGGAAAAGUUUCAUUAGAUAUCAGCCAAUGACAAAUUUAUCAAUUUUUAAAUACUAUGUUUAUCUUUCUUUGUGCAAUUUUAACAAUUUUUUAAUGAGAUUUGAUUUUACCUAGAUAUCUUAACAUAACUUAGUUAAUUCCAAAUUCUUUUGUUCUCAUAUUCAUUCCUUGUUUUAAAAGUAGUUCCAAUUUGUUUUACUUUCCACAGCAUGCAUCAUGUACAAUUAACUUAAAAACUUAUUUAAUGUCAAGAGUGAGGAUGUUUUCCUAAAUAAAGACUCAAGACUCUGCAAUUUGUAUAAUGAGCUCUAGUAUUAAUUUUAAAUUUUUGUGCACCAUGUCAAAGUGUUAGGGUUUGUUUUGGAAAUCCUACUCAGAAUGGUUAUUUUUAUGCAAACAUGAAUAAAUUUUAACAAAUUGAUUGUUUGAAAUUUAAUCAUUCAUUUUACUUUUAAGCUUGAAAAAUGCAUUCAAGCAUACAUUAGGGAGGCAUUGGAGCGUUUUAAGUGGGUGUUUUACCUCAUCUCUUAAUGCCAAAUAUUAGUAUAUCUAAUUGUUGUACACUAAAGAGCCAAAAUAUUAUGACCACCCUCACAUUUUUUAAUUAACUCAUGUGGAAAGCACAUGAUUAACUGGGAAUGCUAUUUAACUGAUGCUAGAGAAGGUUAGAAAUCAUCCUUGCACUUACUUUAGCAAGUGAUUGGAAAGGCAGCUCAAAGAUUUAUAUAGGAUGAGCAUCAAAGAGACUGCAUGACUGUUAGGUUGUUCAUGAUUUGUUGUUGCAAGUAUUUAUGAAAAGUAGAAAAAAAGCCGAAACCAACAAUAGACACCAAGGUGCAAACGUCCACAUGGUCAUCAAAGAAAACAGACGUUAAAGAUUCCCACUUGGUAAAGCAAAAUCAAUGCAAGAAAGUACAUUAGACAGUCUACAAUGCAGGACCAAGUACACGUUUUGAAACACACAGUUCUGUACCUCAGAGCCUGACUGGCCAAACUGAUGCAAGUCCAAAAAUUGCAAUUUAACGUUUAUAAGUGCAUUGUAUGUAGAAGCCUACUCUGCAUUGAGCCUGUAAAGAUAAUUCUUUUUUAAAAAUCCUUUUCAAUUUUUUAGCAGUGUUUAAAGAGCAUGAAUCCCCUCUUUUAUUUGGGCCAGAAAAACAGGUUUUUCCUAUCUCCUGUAAAUUACCAUAAUGUCCUUUUGGCUCUGAGGUACAGGGUUUAGCUGAGCCAGCACAACACAUUUUCAGUAGGUGGUCAUAACUGUCGAAUGUGUAAUAAGCAUUUUUCUUUAGCAACCUCGGGGAAUUGCUUUUAAAUUCUUAUCUGUGCAGCUAAAUCCCUAUUUACUUUAUACAGCUACCAAUUUUUAAAUUUUUUUAUUUUGUGCGCUUAGAUGCUUUAUGAGAAAAAAAGUGCAGAGAAAAAUUUAUUGUACAUUCAAUGAAAACUCAUGUGUUUCAAUAUAUUACAAGGCUUAUUAAAAAAUAGUAGUUAUGUAAUAAUAGGACUUUGUUCAAUAUUUUGCUAGUCAAGAAGUGAUCCCUAGUCAACCUAAAUAUUUUGUCCAACUACUGCAAUUUCAAUCAUGCUUUUUGCAAUGAGAACAUGUAAAUUGUAUUAAAAGUUAAUUCAAAAUGUGUUAUUUAUUUUCAAAGAUUUUUUUUAUUUUACUAUUUAUGUAAUAUAUAUAGCAGAUUUUUAUUAGUAUUUAUUUAUUUAUUUGUCUUGCAUAAAGAACUUUUGAUAAAAAUAUGAUUUGAAAUUGCACUCAAUAGUAGAAUUUACGAAUUCUCAAUAAAUAUUUAUUCUGGGCUA